CGGACGAGGGAGCAGACGUCCUGUUGGCUUGUUACCCUCUGACGUUCGCAUCGGGCUUCCAGUAUAUCAUCAGUGCGGCCUGCAACGGAACAACUUGCGUCGUCGUCAGCCCUAUGAUGAAGUUUGAUCGUUUCGCUGAGGUCAUUAACAAAUUUCAGGUGACAACCAUUUCCAGUUCUCCUACGCAACUAGUGUACUUCACGAGCGAAAUGCGCCGCACUGGAGUUCAACUCAACUCCAUCCGGAAGAUCAACAUUGGCGGCACUACACCCAGUGAGGCGCUCUCCAAGACGCUGACGUCGGUCUUUGGGGACUUACGUUGCCUGAGGAACAAUUAUUCAUUAACGGAAGCUUGCGGCCUCGUCGUUUUUCCUCCUCAAGACGAGAUGGAUCUUCGCAGCAUAGGCUUUCCUGCUCCGAUGGUCCAGCUCAAGUUUGUCGACAUCGAGAUAGGAGAGCCGAUUGGUCCCGAUGUCCACGGAGAGCUGUGCUACAAGAGUCCAUGCUCCAUGAGGGGUUACUACAAGUGCCCCGAAAAGACCGCCGAAUUCAGAGACAAAGACGGCUGGUGCCAUUCGGGGGAUAUUGCGUACUACGACCAAGAUGGCAGAGUCUACUACGUAGACAGGUUGAAAGAAUUCAUCAAGUGCAUGAACGACAAGGCCUACCCCUCGGAGGUGGAGAAUCUUCUUCUGAAGAACCACGACGAGAUUGCCGAAGUCGCAGUGGCAGGCCUGCCACACGAUGAGCAUAUUGAAGUGGCCGCCGCUUUCGUCGUUCUCAAAGCGUCCCACAAAAAGGACCGGAAGACGACGGGGGAGGAUAUGAAAAAGACAGUCUCAGACGUAUUCCCAAUAUACAAGCACCUUCACGGCGGUGUCUACUUCCUUGAUCGCCUGCCCAGGACUCCAACUGGCAAGGUGAAGCGGGCAGCUUUGAAGGCCUAUGCGGCAUCUCUGGGCUCUUCCGCUUCCGAUUCGGUAACCUCAAGCAAAUAGUCUAGUGAAUAUCACGUGUGUGCAGAUUAAACCGACCGGGGGCAAAUAAAGGUGUGUUAAAAACUCA